GUUAUUUGGUUGCCUGUCGCUCGACGGCCUUAUAAAAACCUUGUGCUGGCAGCAACAAGGCUUCAAUACGCCGGCAGUCGAGAGUUCAGUCGUUGUGUUGCAAGUGCCUGUGCUGGUGUUCAUUUUGUUUAUUAUAUACAUGCUUUGGCGUUGCAGUUGGAGCUACAAAGUUGCGGACUAUUUCACUUUUCAUUGAUUCGCAUUAUGAGAAAUUAUGCAACCGCCUGAAUAGAAAGUCAAAAGUCAGAAGCCAAAAACUUGAAACCAAAACAAGUCAUUAACAAAGGCGAGCCCACAUCUAAAAAGAGAAGAUUGUGCUGUUCUCUAGCUGCUGCAACUCUUCAUUUGUAUGCGCAACAUGUGGUGUGCAAUGUGGGGGAACAACAUGUGAACUACAUUCGUCGACGGCCUCUGCAUAUUAAUGAGGCACUUGCGCAUUUAUCUCAAUUCAUAAUAGAAAUGCUCUCAUAGCUGUAGGAAAAAAAUCACCCGGCUUAAGGGAAAUUUAAAUGGAAAAUGAAUAAACUAUUUAAGAUCAACUAAUUGAUUGAAUGAUAUUUGAAUAUGGAUGCUGGACCGCCCAAUACGCGCAAUCGCAUCUGGACCACGGGCAGCACAAACAAUGGAUUCUUCGAUGAGAAUCUGCAACAGCAGCCGCUGCCCCUGCAACGCCUUCAAACGCCGGCUAAUCGGAAUCUAUUGUCUGGCCACAGCAAUGGAAAUGCCAUUGGACAUGCGGAGAGUGCCCAAAGUAAACAUCUACCCUACCAGCCCAUAGGAUCCAAUCUAAUUGGCGUGCAGUCAAAAUUUCGACGCAGUUACUAUCACAAGGUCGUGCUGGGGGGUUUGGCAUUGCUGGUCAUCCUUUUGCUAAUAACAAUCAUAGUAAUAAGCAUAACUCUUAAGAAAUCUAGUAAUAUUUGCCGUAGCAAGGAGUGCAUCCGCACAGCGGCCAGCCUCAUCUAUGCCAUGGACGAACAGACUGAUCCCUGCAAGGACUUUUACAAAUUCACAUGCGGCCGCUGGGCCGACGAGCAUCCGCGUCCGGAUUCAGCGACCUCUAACGAUUGGUUCCGCGAACGCCAGUCGCAUAUAAUGCGUGUGGUGCGCGAGUUCCUCAAGUCGAACAUCAGCAGUGAGGAGCCCGAGGCUGUGGGCAUGGCCAAGACCGUAUACAAAGCUUGUAUGAAUACCGAUCUGCUGGACCAGCGCAAUCUGGAGCCGCUUGUUGCGUAUCUGCAAAGGUUUAAACUGCUGCUGUUGCCCUCUGCCUUGAAUCUUACAUUCAGCAGCAACUCAAGGUAUGCCAUGGAGUCGACUAAUGCGAGCUUCAACUGGUUGGAUAGCAUUGUGGCCAUUAAACGGCAUCUCAGCAUGGAUCUGAUCAUUGGCUUUGAUGUGUUUCCCGAUCCAUUUAACCGCACACUCAAUCGCAUUGCGCUUGGCACUCCCGAAACAGAGUCCGCAUUUCCAUUCAACAAUGAUGAUUCGCACAAGAUGUUGCGCAAGAUACACAAACGCACCAUCUUCAUGGAGAACCUGGACGAGGAUGAAGAUCCCGACAAUCGCGAGAACGAAGAGGAAGAAGCAGCAAAGCAGACGGGCUCAGGGAUGUCUGCUUAUCUGCUCUAUGUCCGUAAGGUCAUUGAGAAAUAUUUGCUUUAUGUGGAUCCCGAUGUUAACCAGGAUGAGGCUACUGUGGGUAUUACAGAGUUGGUGAAGCAAGCCGUUCAAGUAGCAAGAAAAAUACAUAUGCUAAAAGAGGAGGCGGAAAACAUUACGAAGCCUUCGAAAAAUCCGGCUGACGACAUCGUUUACAUUUCGCUGUUGCAGCUGCAGAAUCAAACGGACAAGAAGAUUGCUCCACAAACGUUGCCCAUCUGGUUGCGCUACAUGAGUUUGAUUCUCGAAGGCACAAAGCAUGCAACUAAAAUGGAAACCGGAAAUACAACAAUUAUAACGAGUCAGGCGGAUAUAUUCUAUUUGCAGAGCAUUGUUGAAUACCUUCAGGAGACGCCGGCCCCAUACAUCGAGUCCUAUCUGUGGCUCAGCGCAGUCGAGGAGCUGGUGCUGCACACGACCAGCGAUAUGAGGUUGUUGCAUUCCGAGUACAUGCGUCUGGUCAUUGGCACCGAGGGCAGUACACCGCGAUCCCUCUACUGUGCCCAUGGGGUGAACUCACUCUUUGGGAUGGCUGUCAGUUAUGUGCUGGCCGAUGAACAGUUCACCAGGCAGACGCUGCCACGUGUGGAGCGCAUGCUGAGCGAUAUACGACGCUCAUUUGAUCGCCUGGUGCGUGGCACAUCCUGGAUGGAUGCGGCAACGAAGCGACAGACAAUGCUAAAGUCUGCUGAAAUGAAGAGCUUCAUUGGCUUCCCCCCGUGGCUGACGAAUGCUACAGCUCUCAAUGCGUACUACGAGGGCGUUAAGGUUAAUGCGAGCACUCAUCUGGAGAACCUAAUGGGAUUUGUACACUGGCAAAUGCUGGGCAGAAUCAAUGACAUGGACGAACCGGAGCCAAUUGGUUGGGCGACAUCGCCAUCGAAUGUCAACGCAUUCCACACGUUUCAAUCGAAUGCCAUAACUGUGCCCAUUGCCAUUUUGCAGUAUCCGUUCUACGACCUUGGCCUUGAAGCCCUGAAUUACGGCUCAAUUGGUACGAUACUGGGCCAUGAACUGACGCACGGCUUCGACGACAGCGGACGUCGCUUCGACCGUUUUGGCAAUAUGGUGGAAUGGUGGUCCAACCAAACAAUCAAUGAGUACGUCAAUCGCACCGAUUGCUUUGUCGACCAGUACAGUCACUACUAUCUCUCGGAUAUUGGCGAAUACAUUGAUGGCGAACUGACGCUCGGCGAGAAUAUUGCGGACAAUGGCGGCAUGCGGGAGGCUUUUCUCGCCUAUCGACUCUACGUGAAGGAGGUGGGACGUGAGCGACUCAAACUGCCUGGCCUGGAGCAUUACACGCACGAACAGUUGUUCUUCAUUGCGUUUGGCAAUCUCUGGUGUGAAACGUAUACGCCUGCUGCAUCGCGUUAUGCACUGGAGGACUCGCAUUGUCCCGGGCAGUUUCGAUUGAAGGGUGUGUUGACCAAUUCAGAGGAGUUUGCGCGCACCUUUAAGUGUGCGGCGGGUACACCAAUGAAUCCUGGGCAGCCGAGGUGCCGCAUUUGGUAAUCAAAUACGUACAAUUAAGACGAUAUGAACACUCAAGUGAUUUUUCUACGUACAUACUUAGUAUAAUCGUUUAGUAUAGGCAUUGAUGGCAUACUCACGUUUUACAAGUGUUUUCUGCUCGUAUUUUUAUAAAUAUCCAAUAAAUGGAGUUUUCGUAGUCA